AUGGGUCAUAAUAAAGUCUUAUUUUUCACAUUUAUUUUGCUAAUAGCAUGUAUUUCAGGAUACGAGCUUUCUGACGUGAAAUCAGCACGAAUCGAGACAUGUCGGGGUUGUUCCUUAAAUCGUUUACCAGAAGUAAAGAACUUUGUGAUGCAAGAUGCUCCACUAUAUGAAAACUUGGAAGUAAAGUUUAUAAGUGGGGCGCCUCCAGAACUAGUCCUUUUAGGUGAUGGUGAUGUAGAGUUGGAAAGACUUCCACUUUCCAGUCUUAAACGUCAAGAUUGCAAUGAAUUAUUAAAGAGUAAAGGUUUUGAAAUGAAAUCUAAAAAAGAGGAAUUUUAA